AUGAACGAAGGAAGGCGCUGCGACAGUCCGCGAACGGCUGGAUUCGGAUUCGCGUCGUCGGACAAGGAACAACAAGCAGGCCGGAAGGAGAACAGCGAUCCGUGGGGGACACGAAGAGGAAAGGGUGGAGGCGUGUGGGCACGGACGCAGAUCGAGACAGGGCCAUCGCAAGGCCUGCCCGAGCAGGCAUACGAGCACAGAAGAAGGCGCAGGACCGACCUGAGGCCGGCAACAAGAGGGCAGAUGCGUCGGCAAAAGAAAGGCGGCAGCACGAAGGACAUCAUGUGUGGGCGGUGGAACAGUCCAGGAAGAGCAAAGAAGAAAGGGGGCCGGGUGGCCGUGGUGGUCCUUUGGGCACAGGGGCGGCCGCAUGACGCCGCGGGGGUCAGCCCAGUCCCUGCGUCCCUGGGUCAUGCUUUUCGACAAGAGACAAUCCGCGGUGAGUGCCCCGCUUGCGCUCUGAUGAACGGACUCGGAACGAAGCGAGACAAGGACAGGGCCGCAACAAUCUUUGAGCAGCUCGCCAACGACGGCCACAGCGACAGCCAGUUCUGGCUGGCACGGUGCUUCGGUGUGUGUCAUCACAACGGAUACGGCACCGCUGAGGACGUUGCCAAGGCAGCAGAGUGGUAUCGCCUGUCGGCCGACCAGGGCAACCGGUACGGACAGAGCUGUCUCGGCGUGGACUAUCUUGAUGGCCGCGGGGUCGCCAAGGACAUGGACACUGCUAUCGUUUGGCUCCGCAAGUCCGCGGACCAGGGUCACCCAUGGGCCAUCGACCACCUCGAGAAGCUCGGCAAGUGGCCCUGAUUGCAAACUGCCCUGGUUGCAAGCGACCACGGUAUCCACGCCUCGGCAUCCGUGGUCUGGAUCCCAAUGUGCAUGGCUCGCCAUCUCGGCCGUCAAGCGCAAGGGCAGAAAUCGACAACCGGAGGCGUGCAUCGAUCCACUGGCUCCGAUCCCGAGUCGACAAACUGCUCGUCGCGAUCCAGUGCUGGUGGCCCUGAUUGCAAACACCAAUGGCUGACGUUCGGG